GCAGCAUGGCGGCGGCGGUGGUGGCGGGCGGGGUGGCGCCUGUCCGUGCCAGGUUCCUGGCCUCCAAGGAGCAGUUCCAUGCCUACCUGCGAGCCCAGGGUGAGCCCAGCAGCGGGGGCGAGGAGAAGGAGGAGAAGGACGGCAGCUGCCAGAGUGAGCCCCCCGCCAAACGGGUGAAGUCGGAGGAGCUCGGUCAGGAUGGGGAAAACCGAGAGGAUGCUGGAGCAGUGGAGAAGGAGCCAGCAGAGCGGAAGCGGGCACGUGGGCAGAACAAGAGCAGGCCGUGUAUGAAACCCAACCACUACGAGCAGAGCAGGCUGUGCCCGUCGGUAACACAGGGGUGUGCAGAGAAGUGCUACUUCGGCCCACGGUGCCACUUCCUUCAUGACAUUGGCGAGUACAUGGCUGUGAAGCCGGCCGACCUGGGGCGCAGCUGCGUGCUCUUUGAAACCUUCGGCAAGUGCAUUUAUGGCGUCACUUGCCGCUUUGCCCAGGCCCACCUCGGGGACGGCUACCAGAACAUCAUCAACACGGAGCUGGCCAAGCAGUGGGAAGGGAAGUUGCUGGUGAGGAACAACCUCUCCAAGGACCUCCAGCACCAGUUACGCAAGAGGAAGUUUAGCUUCAAGAAGGCUGAUGAGUACCUCCGUGGUCUGGCCAAGCCCCACGGUGAUGGUGGGAAGGAAGUCAAAGACACGGGAUGUUCUACAGAGGAGCAAGAGGUGCCCAACUGCACAACACCCCAGGAGGAGCUGGGAGAUGGCCCUGAAUGUCCUGUGCUACCGGAGCAGGGAGAAGAUCCCAAACCAGAUGCCUUACAGAGUCCCAGCCCUGCAGCUGGGGAGGAGGCUUCCUCCGUGAAAACAGUGGGCCCGGUGACAGAUGAGGACAUUAUAAAGCUGCGGUCCUGUGAGAAGAAGAAGUUGGACAUCCAGGGCAAGCUGUACUUGGCUCCACUGACCACGUGUGGUAAUCUCCCUUUCCGAAGGAUAUGCAAGCGCUUUGGGGCAGACAUCACCUGUGGCGAGAUGGCUGUGUGCACAAACCUGCUUCAGGGCCAGUCCUCUGAAUGGGCUCUCCUCAAACGGCAUCAUUCCGAAGAUAUUUUUGGGGUUCAGCUGGAGGGAGCAUUUCCAAACACGAUGACCAAAUGUGCAGAGCUCCUGAACCAGACAAUUGAAGUGGACUUUGUAGACAUCAAUGUUGGGUGUCCCAUUGACCUGGUCUACAAGAAGGGAGGAGGCUGUGCUCUGAUGACUCGCUCCAACAAGUUUGAGCAGAUCGUCCGAGGGAUGAACUUGAUGCUGGACGUCCCACUGACUGUGAAGAUACGGACGGGGGUGCAAGAAAAGAUUAACGUGGCUCAUAAAAUAAUUCCCAAGAUCCGGGAGUGGGGAGCAUCCAUGGUCACGCUUCACGGCAGGUCCAGGGAGCAGCGGUACACGAGGGGCGCUGACUGGGACUACAUUGCAGAGUGUGCUAAAAUCGCGAGCCCCAUGCCUCUUUUUGGAAACGGUGAUAUUUUGUCUUACGAAGAUGCUAAUCGAGCCAUGCAGAUGGGCGUUUCCGGAAUUAUGAUUGCGAGAGGGGCACUCAUCAAACCAUGGCUUUUCACUGAAAUUAAGGAGCAGAGACACUGGGAUAUCUCCUCCAGCGAGAGAUUUUAUAUCCUCAAAGACUUCACCAACUACGGCCUUGAGCACUGGGGGUCGGACACUCAGGGAGUGGAGAAGACCAGGAAGUUUCUGCUGGAAUGGCUCUCGUUCCUGUGCAGGUAUAUUCCAGUUGGCUUAUUAGAACACCUACCUCAGAAAAUUAAUGAGCGGCCGCCUUACUACAUGGGGAGAGACUAUCUGGAGACGCUGAUGGCGAGCCAAAAUGUGGAUGACUGGAUUAAAAUAAGUGAGCUGCUCCUGGGACCCGUACCGACCAACUUCACCUUCCUGCCUAAACACAGGGCAAAUUCCUACCGAUAGGGCUGAGGAGACCCUUUCCCCUUGGCAUUGAGUCAAGAGGAGGCGUUAGGACGAUGCAUGUAGAGGAGCAGGGUCGUUCAGCUGUGCUCUGAAAUGAAAUAAAAGUUUUAUGUUUUUAGAA